UGCUUAAAAAACGUUUUUUUUGAGAAUAGAAGAGUGAUUGUGAAAUUUUGGACAAUUUUUAGACUGAGCUUAAUUAUUGGGGAAAUGAUAGGGGAAUAAUUUGAUUGGGAAAUUUAUUUUACCAACAUAAGAUCGGUGAAAUCAAGCAAUGGUUAAAAAACCAAAGCACUAAAACGUGGGGAAAUUCAAUCGACAGUGUUGGCUAGAUUCUUUGCAAAAUCACGACGUGCCUGAAAAAAUAGUUUUGUACGUCAACAAUCAAGAAUUUUUUAAAGUAUUCUUUUCAAAGAAUCGUAACUUUUGAUUUCCAUUAAAUUUUGGAGGCUGUUAUAGUGGUAAAUAGUCGGACAAGUUGGCUAAAGCAUUGAAAUCGUUAUUUUCGGGACGCCAUUUUGUAUGUGCCGGUGAUUUUACCUAUAGGUGUCAAAUAUUUUACAACAUUAAAUAGUUUUAUUAUUGAAUAGUUAUUUGUCUGUGAUUUGAUCUUGUUCCGCAUAAUUUAGAACACUUGUAGGUUUCUAUAAGAUGAUUGUUUAGUCCAAAUUCAAAGUGAAACAAUGACUGUUGCAACCAGAGGGCAGGAAAUUGUUGAAGACAACAAGGAAGUCCAGAACGCAAUUGCUGGCCCUUCAAAUGUAACUCCAGAAGUGGUCCAAGACGAAAAUGCUGAACCAGAUUUCCCAAAAGAUAAACUAGUUACUUUAGAAGAUAAAAUCUCGAACCUAAGAUGGGUAGUGCCAGUUUUGCCAGAUCAAGAACUGGAAGUUCUGCUGAAGGCCUCAAUAGAUCUGGCAAAGAAGAACUUGGACAUGAAAUCAGAAGCGUGCCAGCGCUUCUUUCGUGAUGGGUUGACAAUUUCCUUUACCAAAAUACUAACAGACGAGGCAGUGUCCAGCUGGAAAACCAACAUCCAUGUUUGCAUUUAUCAGAAUUGUUUAAAACUAAUUGAACUGUGUGUCGUCAAGUUGCCCCAUGACUACUAUCCAUUGCUCGAUCUUCUGGCUAUGGUUCUCAACCCUAAUAACAAGUUUCAUAGUUUCAAUUCUACCAGACAGAGUGAAACUGCUGGGCCUGGAUGUAUUUUAACCGAGGAGGAACUAUUUGCAAGACCUUCGUCAGAUCCUCGCAACCCAAGGGGCUGGCUGGUCGAUCUAAUUAACAAAUUCGGAGAGCUUGGAGGAUUUCAGAAUUUGCUCGAGCGAUUUCAAACAGGAAAAAAUCUGAGUGUCUCUAUUGUAUAUGCCCUCUUAACCCCUUUUGGACUUUGUUAUGAAUUUUUAACACCUCAUACUAUUCACAAGUAUGCCCUUCCAGUAUUGGAAAUGGUACCAGGUAUCCUGGAAAAACUAACCGAUGAGGAGCUUAAGCGAGAAGCGAAAAAUGAACAGAAAAGCGACAUAGUCUCCUUAAUUAUUCGAUCAGCGAAAAAUGUAGCAUCUCGAGUACCUGACCAAGAGGAGUUGAUUAGAACAUUGGAAGGAUUCCGGCUGACAAUGAUAUUAAGACAAUUGCAAAUAUCCAGUUUUAAUGGCAAAAUGAACGCCCUUAAUGAGAUUAACAAAGUUAUAUCUAGUGUAAAUUAUUACAUAAAUCGACAUCAUGGAAUAGAGGAAGAAGAAUAUCUAACACCAGAAAGGAUGGCGAAAUGGAUUAUCGAUAACAAAGUUCUGGAAAUUGUAUUGCGCGAUUCCCUUCACCAGCCUCAAUAUGUGGAAAAAUUGGAGAAAAUAUUGAGAUUCGUUAUUAAGGAGAAGGCUCUAAGCCUUGGCGAUCUCGAUGCUGUUUGGGCUGCGCAAGUUGGCAAACACGAGGCCAUUGUGAAAAAUGUGCACGAUCUUCUGGCUAAAUUAGCAUGGGACUUCAGUGCUGAACAAUUGGACCAUCUGUUUGAGUGUUUUCAAAACAGCUGGACUUCAGCUUCGAAAAGGCAACGCGAAAGACUUCUUGAGUUAAUCAGAAGACUUGCUGAAGAUGAUAAAGAUGGUCUGAUGGCACACAAAGUACUGACUCUCUUUUGGAAUCUCGCCCACGCAGAGGAUGUUACAACUGAAAUUAUGGACCAAGCAUUGGCGGCCCAUGUGAAAAUUCUCGACUAUAGUUGCUCACAAGAGAGAGAUGCUCAAAAAACAGUAUGGUUGGACAAGUGUGUAGACGAACUUAAAACUAGCGACACUUGGGUGUUACCAGCGUUGAAGCAGAUUCGCGAAAUUUGUACGCUUUAUGAGCAGAAUCCGAAUGGAGGACAUCCGCAGCGUACGCAUCACAUUUAUUACCGCCAAGAGGUAAUAGAACGUCUCCAAAAUCAACACUCUCUAGUCAUUUUGGUGGCGAAUAGUCUUACAACUUACAUGGCUCACUUAAGACCGUUGGUCACUGAAAGGCCGGAUUUAACCGAUGAAACCUAUGUGCCUGAUGGGAGGUAUUGUCAUGCGCUUCAAGUGCAAGAACGGCUCAAUUUUCUAAGAUUCCUCUUGAAGGAUGGGCAAUUGUGGCUAUGUGCUGAUCAAGCAAGGCAAAUCUGGCAAUGCUUAGCCGAGAACGCGGUCUUUCCGUCCGAUCGCGAAGCAUGCUUUCGCUGGUUUUCCAAACUUAUGGGCGAGGAACCUGAUUUGGAUCCUGGCAUAAAUAAGGACUUUUUCGAAAAUAAUAUCAUGCAAAUAGAUCCGUUAUUGUUGACCGAAAGCGGCAUACGCUGUUUUGAAAGAUUUUUCAAGGCUGUUAAUAUUAAAGAAGGCAAAUUGAAGAUGAAACGAAGAACCAUCUUGACGGAUGAUCCCGAUUUGAUUGGAAUUCAUUAUUUAUGGAAGGUGGUGACUCUUUGUCCAGAUGAAAUAGCGGCCAGAGCGAUUGAAUUCCUCAGAGAAGUUAGCACUAAUUUGGGGCCAAAAUUAUUACAGAAUCAAGUAGAUUUUCACUUGCAAUAUAUCGGCGAGUGUUACGACAGACUUAGGGCGCACUAUGACACCGUCACUAUUCUGCAAAAGUCGCCGACAGAUAAAGAGCUUGACAACAAUCAAAUACCAAAUAGGAUACAAGCUGAGGCUGUGAAAAUGUGCAGAGUAAUGAAGGUUUUGCACGAAUACAUAAGCGAAUGUGAUAACGCGUUUGUGGGAGAAAGAAGAAUAUUGCCUUUGCACAGAGCGUGCUACGGAAAAUAUUUAACGGUUAUAGUUCGGUUCUCGAGUUUAAAUCGACAAGUUGAUGAUAUGGAUCUUCAUACUCACUCGAACGACACGCUGUCAUCUCUGAGGAAGACAAUUCUGAGGCUUAUAAAGCCAGGCCUGCAUUGUAAGCUGGAACUGUAUUUAAAUGGUGAACUUCUUGAGCCAACUGACGAUCGAAAGCUACUUUCUCAGAUACCUAUUCGCGACAAAACCAUAAUAUCCGCAAAAGUCAUUCAGCUAAAUUCAAAUAUGGCUUCGUCUCAAGAUAGUAGUUCAGAUAGUUCAACUUCAUCACCACAUCACUUGUAUGAUGGCCCGAACAUUGAUGUCGAGAGUCUUUUGCCAGGUGUUUUAAUGUCUCAAAAUCCCAUAUACGCCGAAUUUUUCUGUAACUUAAUGGCCUUGGGCAGUCAGUUGGAAUCGCCUGCUUUAAGAAACAGCGCUCAUGCCUUGCUGAGAACUAUACCUUGCGAUAGCCGAACCAUAGAGAUUCUAAAGCUUCUUUUUACUGGGCCUUCGGAGCCAAAUAUGUCAAUGGAAAACACUUUCUUUCGUGCGUCAUCUUCAGAGGUUUUAUAUCACUUGGAGGUUUUGUAUGCGAUGUUGAUGCCCGCGAUGGACACACUCUCCGACAAGACAUUUGAAUUUCAAUACACUUUCAUAACAUCUGGAGAAGCUCAUUUAUUUUUAGAAAUGUUUACGAAGAACAACUUUAUGUGUAAUGCAGACAAUUUUACUAGACGAUCCGCUUAUUUAGUGAUUAUGAAGAUUUGCAAGCUAAUUUUAACAUCAUUGGCUCAUGUUCUGGUAACACUAAGCGAAGAUCAUACACCGCCAGAAAAUGAACCAUACAACGAGACCAUCCUUACGCCGGGAAUGCAUUUGAGUCAAGCAUUGAGAUCUGUGCCCGGUCAUUCAGAUUAUUUGCUACGUCAGGUAGCUAUGAAACUAUCUCAAGGCUUAGCCCAACUGAUGGUGUCCGAGACUGGGAGUUCUGGACAAGCCCAAGCAUUAUUCAGCCAGGCACUGAAUUGGGAAUUACCAGACUUGCCCACUAUGCUCGCACUGGUUCGACUCAUCUGGGCCGCAAGCAGUAAUCAUUUAGGCGAGCUAAACUCGUCUCCAGAAACUUUACACUCUUUGUCAGAGCCUGCAAAGCUAAAUUCUCACGGGGAAUUGGAGGGUGAAGAUAUCCUAUUGUGUAAAGAAGCUAUGGAAUUGCUUAGCACAGCAGUGGUGUUAAAUUCUGGCAGUCUGGAACAUUUGUAUCAAGAUAGCUGGUGGCCGUACUACAUUACGGAUCUUGUUCUAAUCAAUCCGAACUGUGCAAUUCGUUUUGCAGCCGCUGAACAGCUAAUAGUGAUUUGCACUUGUGGCGCUGCGAGUCGAUUGGCCCUUCAGCAUAUAAUGCCCCUUUUGUUCUCUUUGCUAGACACAAUGGUUUUAGAAUAUGCCGAUAAUGCUCAUGAAUAUUUCCAGCUUUUGUGCCGAUUAGUCAGUGUUGCUUAUAUAACCAGUUGUCCUCUAGAUAAUGCCGUCAAUUUACUGGCUAAUGAGGUCACCUGGCUUAGAAAAGCACGCGAUAAGAAUGAAGUGCUUAUCGAAGGACAUUUGGGCUUGGCAAGAGAACUGCUGAACUUUAUGACUCCUGCUCAGAAAUGCGAGCUGGGCAGUGCUGAGUCUGGAAGUCUAAUUCGCGAGCUACUCGAAGAUUUCCUGUUUCCCGCCAGCAAAUUGCAGCUGCAGCUGGCAAAAACCAAGCAACUGGGGGAAGAUCCGGCUAUUCCGGUAUGUGAUACACCUCAAACCCAGGCGGCCGCCUUCGAUUUGCUCAUUUCCUUGUGCUACAAUUGCGUUCCUAAUUACAAGCAAUUGGUUGCUAUGUUGACGGAAAUGUUCUAUUCUGAUCCAGAUUCCGCUAUACCAGACUGGGAUCAUUUACCGGCUGUGGGGCCCCGACCGUUUCGGGGUUUUGUCGGAUUGAAAAACGCAGGUGCCACUUGCUACAUGAAUUCUGUACUUCAACAGUUAUACAUGGUAGAAAACAUCAAACAAGGACUAUUAGCGGCUGAAGGUGCUGCGACUGAUCCAAACGAGGAUUUUACUGGCGAGGAACGAUUUGAGUUGGACAUAGAUUGCCCAGACGACAGGAACUGCGUAGACGACAACAGAAAGGAUUAUAAUGUUGGAAUAUUAAAACAAGUGCAGGCAAUUUUUGGGCAUUUAGCAUGUUCUCGUCUCCAAUAUUAUAUUCCUCGCGGACUUUGGAGACACUUUAAGCUUCAAGGAGAACCAGUCAAUUUAAGGGAACAGCAGGAUGCUGUCGAAUUCUUUAUGUCUCUAGUCGAAAGUUUGGAUGAGGCCUUGAAAACGCUAGGACAUGAGCAGAUCAUGUCGAAAAUCUUAGGAGGCUCCUAUUCGGACCAGAAAAUUUGCAAAGGCUGUCCACAUCGUUAUUCCAAAGAAGAACCUUUUAGUGUUAUAAGUGUAGAUAUAAGAAAUCAUAGCAGUUUGCCGGAUUCGAUGGAACAGUAUGUCAAAGGGGAGCUGUUAGAAGGAGCGGAUGCUUAUCAUUGUGAAAAAUGCGCGAAAAAGGUCGUUACCGUCAAGCGUCUGUGCGUUAAGAAACUGCCACCAAUUCUAGCGAUUCAGUUAAAGCGAUUUGAAUACGAUUUUGAACGAGUAUGUGCCAUUAAAUUUAACGAUUACUUCGAGUUUCCCAGGGAACUGGACAUGGAGCCUUAUACUGUUUCUGGCUUAGCCAAAAUCGAAGGAGAGAUUAUAGACUGUGAUUUAGAUCCUAGCAAUAGUGACGUUUGUACCAAGUAUCGUUUAUCUGGCAUUGUUGUACAUUCUGGCCAAGCAUCAGGGGGACAUUAUUACUCUUACAUUAGGCAUCGUGAUCCAUCGGGUGAAGUAAGGUGGUACAAAUUCGAUGACGGAGACGUUUCUGAAUGUAGAAUGGGAGAAGAUGAGGAAAUGAAAGGUCAAUGCUUUGGAGGUGAAUAUAUGGGCGAAAUGUUUGAUCCAAUGUUAAAAAGAACCACAUAUCGAAGACAAAAACGAUGGUGGAAUGCUUAUAUGCUAUUUUACACUCGGCACGAUGUUGAGGAAGAAUCGAUGAUGAAAUCUCUCAGUCAAGUUACACUGUCUUUAUCAAAACGAGAAACCCAUCUAAAAAUGCCCAUAGCGAUAGAAAAUAGUAUACGGAAGCAAAACAUUAAGUUUUUGCAUCAUCGAAGUCAGUUCACGUUGGAAUACUUCGCCUUUAUCAGAAAGUUAGCCACUAGUUGCGCUCAAACGAAUCUCAGACAUAACCAGAGCAUUUCGAAUGAUCUUUUAGAGCAACAAUAUCUGCUGAGUGUUCAGCUGGUUAGUAAUUUUCUGUUCCAUACUGGUUGGCAUACAAAGAAAAAUCUUAGGGGCCCGGCAAUGGACUGGUGUGACGUGUUGUGCUUACAUCUCAGAACCUCAGCCACAAUAAGGACAUGGUUUGGUGUAAAUAUGCUGUUUAAUCACAUGAACAGAUUUUCUGAAUACCUGCUUGUUUGUCCGAGCAACGAAGUUCGAUCGGCGUUUAUAAAAAUCGUCGUUUUAUUAGCUCAUUUUUCAAUUAAGGACCCUCCAUGUCCUUGUCCGCCUGGAAUCAAUAAUCCGGAUCCUAAUGCAACCUUAAGUGAUCACUUAAUAUGGGCGUUAUUGGGGCUGUUGCAGCGCGAAGUAAGCGAACAUGGGCGACACUUCCCCCAUUACUGCACAGUAUUUCAUACGUAUGCCAGUCAGGGCAUUCAAGAAAAAGCACAGCUCUUGCGACUUAACGUGCCUUCUACCUUUAUGUUAGUUGCCCUAGACGAAGGGCCCGGACCGGCCAUCAAAUACCAAUACACUGAGUUAACUAAACUUACUCAAGUUGUAUCGUGUCUAAUCCGUUGCUGUGAUGUUAGUUCGAAAUGCCAGUCGAGUUCAGCUCCAAGCCCAAUUUUGCCUAAUCCCUUUAGGGACACGUCAAUACCUGACUACAUAAUGCCCAUCUCUCCGCAAGAUGCAGACCUCCUCUUCAAAGAUCCCAGGUUUAUCAAAAAAGUUAUCGAAGACCAAAAUCUCACAGAUGAGGCAAUCAAGCUUAUACAGUUCUGUUCAUGGGAAAACCCAGAAUUUUCCAAGAGUGUUCUCUCCGAGUUGUUGUGGCAAAUUGCGUUUGCUUAUUGCCAAGAGCUGAGGCACCAUAACGAAAUACUGAUGUCAGUGUUGCUGAUUGAAGAUUCCUGGCAAUUGCAGAGAAUCAUCACCGCCAUAACGGGAAUACCAGAUGAAAGAGAGGGGAUUCUAGAAACGAUUGUCAGAGCAAAGAGUCACUAUCAGAAACGAGCAUAUCAAUGCAUCAAGUGCUUGGUUGCCUUAUUCACUAAAUGCCAUUUGGCUCAAAAUGUGUUACUAAGUCACGUUGACAUCAGACGAUCGUGGAUUUCGGCGAUAACAUGGCUUCAAGACGAACUAGACCGAAAAUAUCCACAAAACUCUCAGUACGCCUACAAUACGUGGUCGCCUCCGACCGCUAGCAAUGAAAACUCGAACGGUUAUAAUCUAGAAAGAUCGAAUACUGCAAAGAAAACGCUUGAACGAGCACUAGAGCUAAUACCAAACGUCGAACAGGUCGAAGACGAAGGAGCUGAAGAUCCUGAAUCGCAAGAAGAUACCGGUCACGUCAGUGAUGAACAAACGUUGUUAUGAAUAACUGACCACAGUCUUAUUUUUAAGAUGGAAGCAAGUGUAGAUCAAUUAUCAUAUGACGUUCCUGAAAUCAUCAAAAGCUCGAACCUAAACCACAGGAUUCGGCAUUGUAUAGACGACAUAUAUAUGAGUGUAUAAUUAAUAUCUCCCCAGUUACCUAUUUAUAAAUCAGUCUGCGUUCGAUGAUGUCGGAAAAGAUAUUUAUUUAACUGUGUUUUAAGUACUUUAAAAAAAAGUGUAGGUCAAACAAAUUUUCUUCGCCUCUAUUGUAAUUGUCGGUCAUUGCCGCGAAUCGGAAAAUGCUUUAACGGUCCUCAACGUGUGGCAAUGAGAUGCUGUUUAGUAUUUUCGCUUAAGUUAAAAACCUUAGCGCUCGACAAGUGUUUAUUUUUGCUGUGCAUAUGUUGGGGUGUAGAGAAGGUAAAAGAAAACCAGUUUGUGAUACUACGAUUGUUUGUUACUUACUAUAAAGACUAUAACUUUUCAACUUUAAAGCUUUCACAUUAAAAAACACGCUGCGUACUCCACAUAAGUUCGUCCCUAAAUCAUAUAUUCAAGCCGUUGAAGACAGGACGUGUUACAUAAUUAAAUUAGAUGGUUUCCCGAGUCUUAACGGCUUCAGUAUACAACUCAUAGAACAUUGUUUUCAAGUAAUAUGCAACCCUAACUUUAAUUUCACGUUGUAUUUAAGCACUUAUAACAUUACUUACCUAGUUCGAAGAUCUAGUAUAAUUUCUAGUAGUAGCAUUGGUUUUUUUCAUAUAUAGAACUGUGAUUCAUGUGCGGCAUCUUUCUCUGAAUACAGGAAUGUGAUAUGUACGUAUAUACUGAAGCAUUUUUUCAAGUUUUAUAUUAAACGGGAUGCAUUUUGCCCCUUUGUUCCUUUCUACAGUCGAAGCCCAAUCAAAAGCAACCAUUCGCUAGACAUUGUAUAUACAUUUAAUUCUGUAUUACCGGCGUUUCAUUGGGCCCCUCUUGUUCCAACUGAAAGCGCAUACUGUUUGACAAGCAAAUUAUUUUCAGUAGUUAAUCAUAUGAAAUGUCUUUGAUCUGUAAAUAACUAGCUGAAAUAAAACGGACGUCGAUUUUGUUUAUUUUGUGAUAUUUUUUUGUAAUUAUAAACAUAAGAGACAAUUUAUAAGUCAUAAUGAAAUUUAACUUUUUUCUCUUUUUGUGUACAUACCCUGCGAAAGGGAACGAAAUCCCUCUAUCGUCUAACUUUAAUUAUACAUAUAUAGAGAGCGAUGCCAUUUUUCUUGUUAAUUAGUUUCAAUUUAGAUUGCCUUUUGUUAUGUACAUAUAUUUUUAUUACAUAUGAGUUCAAAACAAACUGUUCAGUUAAGUUUUGUUGUGACUUUCUGCAGAACCAAAUAAUAUUCACUCACCAAGGUUCAUUUGCUUGUAAAUGCACAGUUAUUUAUUUUCUCCACCCGAUUUAUAAUGAUACAAUUCGAAAUUAGUUUCCUCUUGUAUACAAUUUUGUAAUUCUAGCAGUAUAGAAAAGAUGGAAACUAAUACUUAAAUUAUGAUUGAAAUAUGUCUCAUUUAAACAAUGCUUAAAAUAUAAGCCUAUAUUAUACCAUAAUAAUUGUUUGUAUUAUAAUUUAUUUUAAAUUAAAAUACACUUUUAAAUUUUGAAUAUUUUAUAUUUUUUAUGAGCUAAUGUAGUUUAGAAUUUUCAGUUUUGCUAGUUGUUGUCUAAGAAACCUUGAUAUUUAUAAAUAAAUAAAUCAUUGAAAAAAUCCGCACAUUCGCAAGUAAAUGCGGGCAUCGCGUUCGUUAUGGUCUGAUACGAUUAAAAAUAGGCGCGUAUGCGUUCGUACUCAACGUUGGAGCAAAGCGAGCAGGCACGCAUAUCGCCUGAUGUGUGCAGGGAAUUGUGCUGCUUUAAAUGUGUGCAGGCCUGGGAGUUGUCAAAUAGGUUGAUUCCAAUUCCAAUAGUAUGUAGUCUGUGGUUGAUUCAAGAAAAAAUUAUGAUGUUUUUUGUUGGAAAAUUUAUAAUCUGUUGAUGUUUUUGGUUGGCGAAACUGAGCAAUCGGUGAUUUACUGAAAUUGGGCGUCGAAGAAAUAUUAUCUUGUAUGAUUCACGUAUUCGUCAAAAAACUAUUUAAUUCUUCAAAACACAGCGCCCGAAGUCUGUUCGGCUUAAACUCAAAAAUGAAUUCAUCUGCUGAUUUCGGUCUUUUCAAGGAUUCAAGAGAAAUAUUGCAGUAUUUAUCAAAAUAUGAAGAUCUUGAACCGGUUCGAAAACUUCUCAAGAUUUAUGAUGAAACAAAGACAAGGGCCGAUGAGCGGCGCAAAGAAGCGCAAUUUCCAUUAAUUGUGCUGGAAGGAUUGGAUGGAGCAGGCAAAACAGCAAUGUCGAAAAAAUUAUCGAAGAAGUUAGAAGGGGCAAGAUACGUAACACCACCAGAAUCUACCAACUUACUAAGAGAUUAUUUUAAUGACAAUUCCGAACUGAGAACUGCCUACUACUCCUUGGGAAACUACAUAGCUGCUAUGGAAGUAUCCUGCACUUUGCAAGAAAAACCUGUGGUAAUGGACAGGUUUUGGCAUUCAACUACGGCCUAUGCAAUAGCUCAGAAAAUAGCCGAUCAUCCUGAACGUUACAAACUGCCUGAUGCUACCGAUGAGAUUUAUCAAUGGCCUGUCGAUCUUUUAAAGCCUCAAAAAGUGAUUCUUCUGACUGUGAGCGAAGAGAUACGAUUAGAGCGACAUUCCAGAAGAAGUGCAGAUUUGGUGACUGAACAGGAACAUUUGCUGAAAGCUAAUGCAAAGUUCCGAGAGGACAUUCUGCAGGCAUUCAAGAACAUGCGGAAUCCAAAUGUGGCCAUAGUCGAUAGCAAUGGAUCAUUUGGGAAAACCUUCUACAUGUUAUUGGACACCGCUAAGCCUUUACUUCGUAAGUAAUCUUAAAAUAUCGCUCUCUGUGUAAAUGUUUUAUUCGCAGUUGUUAACAUAAAAGUGAGGGCUUAUGGAAAUACUUUGUAUGGAUUUAAUAUAUGAUUAGGGUCGA